ACAUCCGCAUCGACAUCCGCAUCGCCAUCGAUGCCGUUGUCGUUUCGAUCCCAAGCCCAGCAGCGGCCAGGCUCAUUCUCCAGCCAAGUCGAAUCCGCUGGCCCAAGCUUAUUGUUGGCAUCGAGCCCCCAGCCAUCUUUCGGGUCCUUUGGAAACACCUGGCGAGAGUCUCAUAAGCGCGGAUUCCCCUCGGACUCGGACUCGGACCGGGACUCGGGCGAUAGCGACACUGACGACCAUGGUCCCAGAGUUCGCAAGAACGGAGCUAAGCGGAUCCGCCACUGCCCAGAUCCGGACGAGAACGAGUCUGCAGAUAUCAUGGUUGGGGUUCAAGCCGAGAGCGAGGAUAUCUCGAAGCUGGUGGAGAUGAUGGCUCUCCUAGAGCUCGCCCGGAUUGCCCAUGCGGGCCUGGACCGCCGCACCAAAUCCAAGGCCUCUCGUCAGCAGAAACAACAACCACAACCACAACCACAACCACAACAGCAACAGCAGCAGCAACAGAAGCAACCGCUAGAAACCGUCGCAAAAAAGGGCCGCUCUCGCCACCACGACGGGCGCAAGAACAAGCGUGCUCAAUACCACUCUGUGCGGAACCAGAUCAGCGCUAUGAUGGAACAUUUUUAUGGCCCUGGUGCAGGCUGACCCAGCUACAGAAAUAGGGCCAGAGCUGCCUCGCCCGCUGCGUCCGCGGGGCACAUACCUCGAGGAGAUCACCAUCUCGGGGUCAGUCGCCACAAAUCGAGCCGGAGUGUUUGGGCUGACAUAGCAAUGUCAACUCUAACGUUGGCUCAGAUGACCAUCUACCCCGUCUGCUACUCUUUCGUUUGCGUCCGAGUGCCGAUCUAUUCCCACUUCAAGACAACAUCACGCAACGGAAGAGGUGGUGGGUGUUGAUGAUACACUGUAUUCAGGGGGAAAUGGGACACCUGCCCACAACCCAUUUGUCGGCGUAGUAUGCGAUGGCAUGUCUAACUAUGCCAUAAGAAAUAGAACAGAUCACUUUGGCAGCCUCCGAGUG